CCAAAACUCUUGCCUUCUGUAUCAGACUUCAGUACGGCUUGAACUAUCCCUCAGUAGUACAAAAGGUGUUGUGCAGUUAGUACCUUGUCAAGGGUGCCAGCAUGAAAAUGGCACUCUGGUGUUAAUAGGAUCACUUCAUUUCUAUGCAGAGAGCAUAUACUUUCAUAUAUUAUAUACAAAAAUGGGUGAUGUUCCCAAGGAUAUGAUGAAGAAGAAACGUGAACUGACAAAGUCUGAUGUACCUGGGGCCAAAAAAGCUCUAGCAGCUGAUCCCAACUCACUAGAUGCAAAGGAAAAAGUUUGUGGGCACACACUUACCACCACACCAGAAAUUGCAUGUGGCCCAAGUCCUGUUGCAAAAGCAGAUGAGUCUGUGGGAGACACACCAAAAGUGAAAGAGAAAUCAAGAUCAAUUCUCAAACAUAAUGCAAGUGCUGAUGCAGAAAUAGAACCUACACAGACACUUUUGCUGAAACCUGUAGCUACUGCUGAAGUCAGUGAAAAUGAAACUCCAAAACCAAAGCAUACUCUCAAACGUGUUUCAACUACUGAAGAAGUUAAAUGUCUUCCUACACAAUCCACAGUUGCUACCACAGAGGUUACUGAACAAGAACUCCAGGUGAAACCAGUUGCGUUUGUGGAUAAAAAUGUUACACCUAUGUCUUGUAAAAGUAGAAAUGUGGCACCUAAAGCUGCUACUAAGAGGGACAUGGAACUGCUUUAUGACCUGGACAAUGAGAAGUUGGCAGAACUUAAAGAGGCUUUUCACUUAUUUGACCUGAAUAAUGAUGGCUUUAUUGAUAAAGAAGACUUGAAAAACACAUACAUCACUCUCGGAAGAACAGAUAUAUGUGAUGAAGAGAUCCAGUGCAUGCUAUCUGAGGCCACAAACCCCUUGGAUUUUGAUGCAUUUGUGAUUCUUCUUGGAUACAAAUCAAUAGAAUUGGACCCAGAAGAAGUUCUUCUGAAAGCUUUGUCACAAUGGGACUAUGACAACUCUGGUUUAAUCUCAGAAGAAAGAAUCAAGCACGAUCUAAUGAUGUGGGGUGACAGAUUUUCAUCAGAUGAGGUUGAAAUGGCACUGGAAGACGCACCUGUAUUUUAUCGGCAAGAUACCAGAACCUCAAUGAUUGACUAUGUGAAAUUCUGCAAGAUACUUUGUGGCCUCCGUAAAAUGACCAAGAUUCCUUAACCAGGGGAUUAUGAGUCUUAAAAAUAACUGACAGUUAAUAUCAUGAGGCUUAUUUGUCACAACUAUUGGCAAUGUGUUAAUUCUAAUGUCACUGUCACUUUAAAGCAAGUAUUAUGAUUAAAAGUUAUCUUCUGAA